UGCGCGCGGGUUACGAAGAUCGGAGACUUCAAUUCAAAAUCGAAUAUAAUUUUCUCAGAGUAAAUCCCAUAAAGUGGUAAAUAGCUGGAAACCGCUGAUGCUAAAUCAUGCCUAAUGCUUAUCAUGUGGAAUCCCCACCCAAAAGCAAUUUGCUUGACCAUGGAUCCUGGAAACAUAAAGGAAGAAGAGGAAAGCAUCCUGCUGUUGGAAAAUAAUGAUGGAUUGAGAAAUGAACGGGUCAUCCCCCAGCUAUUUACCACUGUACCAUCUCUAAAUGAAGCUGCUUCUUAUCUUGCAGAGACAACUUCAUAUAUAACUCGAUGUUUUUCUGAACCUGUAUCUAGAGAAUCAAAUGGACAGGAAAUGGUUGCCUUUGCUUCCCGAGGAACUAGAGUAUCUGUGGCUGGAAGUCUUGUGCCUUCAAAUGGAAGCCUUCCUGCAUUUUCUGAAUCGUCUAAUACUGCAACUAAUGCUCCACAUAUACAUAAUGGGAUCUCAAGGGGAUUAGAUGGAGAUUCUUCUCAAAAUGCUGGUACAGUUGUGCAGUCAACUCAGACUAGCCAAAAUGGCAUUUCCAUUUUCCAGGGCCUAAUUGAACGAGCACGGAGAACAGUUAGAGGGUCAGCUGAUGAUAUAGGAUGGCUACAACGUGAUCCAGGAAUGCCUCCAGUUGAAGAUGGAACUUCAAGGUUUACAGAAAUUAUUGAUGACAUCAGGCAUGGUCUACACAAGUUGCCGAACUCCAUGGUUUACUUGUUGGUCCCAGGUCUUUUCAGCAACCAUGGGCCACUUUAUUUUGUUAAUACAAAAACAUAUUUCUCAAAGAUGGGUCUGGCCUGUCAUAUUGCCAAGAUUCACAGUGAGGCAUCAGUUGAGAAAAAUGCCAGAGAGAUAAAAGAGUACAUUGAGGAGAUAUAUUGGGGUUCCGGGAAACAGGUCUUGCUUCUUGGACAUAGCAAAGGGGGAGUAGAUGCUGCGGCAGCUUUAUCCAUGUAUUGGGCUGAUUUGCAUGAUAAGGUUGCUGGGUUGGCAUUGGCACAGAGUCCUUAUGGUGGUAGCCCAAUAGCUUCAGAUAUCCUGAGAGAAGGACAACUCGGUGAUUAUGUUAAUAUACGGAAACUCAUGGAAAUCCUGAUCUGCAAAGUAAUCAAGGGUGACCUGCAAGCUCUAGAGGACCUGACUUACACGAAGAGGCAGGAGUUCUUGAGGAAAAACCGUCUGCCAAGGGAGCUCCCUGUUGUGUCGUUCCAUACAGAGGCCAGCAUUUCUCCUGCAGUUUUGGCUACAGUAUCUCGAGUUGCACACGCAGAGCUCCCGAUGUUUGGCCCGCUAUCUGCAGGGGAACCCGCCAUACUCCCGGUGGUGAUUCCCCUCGGAGCUGCAAUGGCUGCCUGUGCCCAGCUACUUCAGACAAGGUAUGGAGAGAGGAGCGAUGGGCUCGUGACUUGUCGCGAUGCCGAGGUCCCAGGGUCGGUCGUGGUACAACCAAAGCGCAAACUGGACCAUGCUUGGAUGGUUUACUCGUCCUCGAAUGACAAUCCUUCUGAAGCAGAUGCCUCCCAGGUGUGUGAGGCUCUGUUGACUUUGGUUGUGGAAGUAGGACAGAAGAAAAGACAUGAGCUAACCAACAAGGAUGAAUGAGGAGAAUUCAGUUUUCAUUCCAUCAAUCUACAUUACCCAUAUCUUUCUUUGUUGCAUUAUUUUGUCUAUUCUUUGAUAUGUUGUCCUCUACCAAUAAUUGUGAUGUUUAUAUAGGCUUUUUAUGUCGAACCUUCAGCCUAGUUUGAUUUUGAUAUACGAAAACUUGAAUGGAAA